AUGGAAAGUCGUUUUAUUGAAUUCAUUUCAGUUCAGACAGUUCAGUUAAUAUUCAACCAUCGUUCAAUCAGGUUCUUACGAAACAAUGCAUAUCCUACAUAUCCAGAAUUCACUACAUUUAUAUCAAGAUUGAAAACAUUCAAUUUAUUUCCGUUGACUUCAUCUCAAGAUAAAUACUCAUUAGCUGAAAGCGGUUUUAUAUAUUCAGGGAAAAAAGAUAUUGUUGAAUGUUUUUGCUGCGGUAUUAUAUUGCAUCGUUGGGAAAAAGAAGAUAAUCCAUGGAUUGAACAUUCAAGAUGGAAUCCGAAAUGUGUUUUUGUAUUAUUAUCAAAAGGAAAUCAGUUUGUUGAAAAUGUAGUAAAAAAUAUGGUUCUAUCGAAUUAG